ACAGAGACUUUGGUGAGGCAGAGCAGCAACAGACGACCGUUGCUUUUAUGAAGCAGGCCUGUGGGCAAGAUGAUGCUCUCACGGCUGAAACCCGCUGUUGGAGGCGCGCCUCAAUCAGCGGAUAAACGCAGAAAGAAAGGCAAACGGCUGCCGCAGCUGGAAGAAUUAUUAACUCAGCGAGAUUUCACUGGGGGCAUUGCCCUUUUAGAGUUUAAGUGUCAGGUUGGAGAACAGGAGGAAGAUGCAGACCUCUGGAUUGGAUAUUGUGCUUUCCAUCUGGGUGACUACAAGAAAGCACUGGAGGAAUAUGAAGAUUUAACCAAGGGAUCUACCUGCAACCCUGAUGUGUGGGUGAAUCUAGCAUGCACUUACUUUUUCUUGGGAAUGUAUACAGAAGCUGAACAGGCUGCUUUGAAAGCUCCCAAGAGUAGACUUCAGAACCGUCUGUUGUUCCAUCUAGCACACAAGUUUGGUGAUGAGAAGAAACUGAUGAGCUUCCAUCAGAAUUUGCAGGAUAUAACAGAAGACCAGCUUAGUUUAGCAUCUAUACACUACAUGCGAUCUCAUUAUCAAGAAGCUAUUGAUAUCUACAAACGCAUAUUGCUUGAUAACAGGGAAUAUCUGGCCCUCAAUGUAUAUGUGGCCUUGUGUUACUACAAGCUGGAUUACUAUGAUGUCUCUCAAGAGGUGCUAGCUGUUUACCUUCAACAGGUUCCUGAUAGUACCAUUGCUCUUAACUUAAAGGCUUGUAAUCAUUUCCGACUCUACAAUGGGAAAGCUGCUGAGGCAGAGCUUAAAAGUUUGAUGGACAGUGCCUCAACAUCAUUUGAAUUUGCUAAAGAGCUCAUUAAGCAUAACUUGGUGGUAUUCCGAGGAGGUGAAGGAUCUCUCCAAGUACUCCCUCCACUGGUUGAUGUAAUUCCUGAAGCUAGACUGAAUCUAGUCAUUUACUAUCUUCGGCAAGAUGAUGUACAGGAGGCUUACAACUUGAUUAAAGAUUUGGAACCUACAACCCCACAGGAAUAUAUUCUGAAAGGAGUAGUGAAUGCAGUACUUGGGCAGGAAAUGGGUUCAAGAGACCAUUUGAAAAUUGCUCAGCAAUUUUUCCAGCUGGUGGGAGGAUCUGCUAGUGAAUGUGAUACUAUCCCUGGAAGACAAUGUAUGGCUUCUUGCUUCUUUCUGCUCAGGCAGUUUGAUGAUGUCCUAAUAUAUCUCAAUUCAGUGAAGAGUUAUUUCUAUAAUGAUGACACUUUUAACUUUAACUACGCACAAGCCAAAGCUGCUACUGGCAAUACUAGUGAGGCUGAGGAGGUGUUCCUCCUGAUUCAAAGUGAGAAAAUAAAGAAUGAUUUUGUUUACCUCAGUUGGCUAGCACGCUGCUAUAUUAUGAAUAAGAAACCAAGAUUAGCCUGGGAACUCUAUCUAAAGAUGGAAACUUCAGGAGAAUCCUUUAGUCUUCUGCAGCUAAUUGCAAAUGACUGCUACAAA